AUGCCACGAGCAAAAGGGGUCAUACGACGUCCUGCUGCACAAGCAAAGCAGAGGCCUGCUGCCGUCAGCAAGUGUUCGUCAAUAUCCUAUGCACUGCCGCCUGCUGUGGUCGUGAAUUUGAACCGCAGGGCCGACCGCUGGCGGGAAGUGCAGCAGCGAUUGGAUGGAAUUGAAGGUCUGAUCUUUGACAGGAUGGACGCUGUGGAUGGCCAGAAAGACGAAAUUAACACCCGAGAAGUAACGAAAACAUGGUGUACGGCAAAGAACUGGCAUUAUGUGACGAGGGCUUUCGAAGGAGGAGCAGAAUGUGGUUACACGGUCAAGGAGUUAUGCCUCAGCGAAGGAGAGCGUGGCUGCGCAGCAUCGCAUGUAAAAGCAUGGAGGGCCUGUGCUGCCAGCAGAAAGCCGUUAAUGGUGUUCGAGGAUGAUGCCAAACCAAGCUCCAAGUUUACCGCGGUCUUACGCCAAGCCAUGCGCGAUUUGCACGGCCAGGAGCCAGAUAUUCUGUAUUUGGGUUAUUCAAAGGCAGCACCAUGGCGCCGAAAAGUCAGUGCUGUAGUACGGGAAGCAGAGUAUCUGUGGACAACAGUGGCCUAUGUGUUGUGGCCCGCUGGUGCAUCAGCUCUGUUGGGAUCACUGCCUGUUAACCAGCCUGUGGACAAUUUCAUCGCUGAGCACUCGGCCGACAACAAAUUGCGAGCAUUUGCCACAGUCCCCAAGAUAGUAGGCCAAGCAAGACCUUGGAAUGUCGAAAAUGACGUCCUGCAUUCCGACGAUGUGGCCUGGGUGCAAAACCAGCAGCUUGCUGGCGGGACAAAAGCUACUGAAAGUGUUGGGUAUGUGAGGGAGAGCGGGCUGCCGCUGCAGCCCUUUUUGCAUUCGGACGUGGAGUUUGCCGCCGGAUGCAUGCGCACUUCUUGGAGGAUGCGUUGCUGCCCGCUUUCAUUUUGGACGCGGAGCUCCGCAUUACAGCAUGGAAUACAGCGGCCGUUCAGGCCACUUCCCUGGCAGUCGGAGAGGUCAUUGGCAAAUUCUUUGUUGACGUCUUGCUGGCGGAGGCAGACGCAAACGCUAUUGAAGAGCUCCAGCUGGCCAAAACACUGCAGAGGCCUUUCAUCCAUGUGGUGUUUCCUUCGUACGGCGCAUCGGCAUCCAGGUUCCAACUGGUGGCCUGCCAGAGGAACGGCCAAUUUUCGGGAUUCAUUGGCUUUGCCACUUCCAGCGACGCAGAGUCCUGCAGUGCAAAAGUCCCUACGCCGAAUGCGUUUGAGAAAGCCUUUGACCUUGUGGGAAGGUCAAGCUGUGCCAUGUGCAGCAUUGGAGUAUCAGGGAAUGCCAGAAGUACUGCCAGCACAGCGCAUCGCGAUGAUUUUGGCUUGGGCUCCUGCAGACCAGUUGUGCAUGGAGGAUGGCCUCCUCCGCACUUUCCAUGCCAGCUUGGCUGAGCCAGAUCUGGCCCGUCGCAGAGAGGUGGCACUGGCUGCACGCUGCCUCGACCGAAGCAGCCUUGGGUACAAGGGCGUCCAUGCCCUUGGUGAGGUCUCCUGGUCGGAAGCAGAGAGCCUCCUCGAGGCUGACGUCUCUUUGCUCCGAGCGCAGCUGGGUGCUUCAGCCAUUUGGGAUCCAGAUCUUUCGGCGAGGCUCAGGCGUUGGGCAGCGGGUGGCACCCGCGCCAUAGGAGCAGGGUUGUCGCAGGUCCGGCUGCCUCUUCUGGGUGGGGUGUUAGAAGCUUCUGGAGCCGUGGAGGGCGAUGGCUUGCAGAUUCUCACCAACGAGGCGUGGAGCCGGGGAACUUCAGUGGCCCAUGUUUGGGUCUACCGCUUUCGGCGACCAACUGCAGCUGCAGCACACUUGAGCUACCACCCAGCGCUUGCAGCGGAGUCGUGUGGUUUGCGAGCAGCGCUGCUCUUCAGGGACCCAGCAACCGGAGCGCAUCCAGAUGUCAACGAGGUCGUGGAAGUCCAGGUUCUGCUCGCAACCACCUGCCGCGCUAUCUCGCCACCAUCAGGGCUGCCUUUACCAGCUGCUGCAGCGCCAACCUCCCUGGAGAUGAGGCUGCGGCAGCGAGCUCUGGAGGUAAUGUCCGCGGAGGCCAGUGGCUAUGCAGCUCUUGCCGACAUCCUGCGCCGGGAUUUGGCUGCCUUGGCGGCUUCUUCGGGCGUCGAGGUUCCUGCUGAUUCCUCCCUGCCGCACUUUGCUGUACGCUUGAACGACCUGGCAAACUUGGAGGAGGAAGAAGGCAGCUUUCAAAGAUCAGCUAUUCGAUCACAGCAGCACAGGGCGAGCGAACAUCGGCGACCGUCAUCCGACAUCUCCAAACGGCCACCGGCAACGUCGGAGGAGGCACUUCUCGAAGCCGAUCUUGCAGCUGCGCUGGCUGCAGCUCAGCGCCUCCUCAAGCAGGAUGUGAGCGAGGUGGUGAAGAACAUGGAGUCCCCCAGAGUCGGCCCGGCAGAACCUCCGAUGCAGCCUGACCAGCUGGCUCUGCAGCAAGGACUCCUUCAGUUGGCACGUGGUCUGGAUGCCAAAGCUCUUGUACAUAGUGGUGACAAAGUUCCCGUGAACUUGGCCGUCAAUCCAGACUACACGGUGAAUGUUAAGGUCGCUGGGGAGUCUCGUGCCUUCCAGUUGACCAGCAUUGAUGAGGUUGCUUGCGGAGAGGCGGCGAUGAGUGUGCUCCGCGGCUGUCUGAGCCGCCCUCCGCCGAGCCGGGUCUGUGCCUUGCGGCUGAGUGAUGGCAAAUGCUUAGCUCUCCUGCUGCCUUUGGAGGUCUCCCCAGAAGUUUUCGUUCGCUGUCUUCUUGAGCUCCGCGAGGGUGCUGGUGUUGCGAACAGAGGCAAGAUGGUGACGCAGAGAAGCAGUGAAGGAGGCACCAUCUCAGUGUCAGAGGUGCUGAACACGCCCCGAGAGGACGCGAUGCAGUUCAUGGACAGGCUGGAUGCUGGCAGGCACAGCCCUGGCAUUGAGGCCGUGCAGCCUCGCGGUUCAGUGAAUUCGCUGGCAGGUUCGAGCUUUAUGGAGGAACCUCUGGCUGACACGCAAGAGCUGGGCCAUCUGCACCCGUCGCUCGGGGCAGCACCCACAGCAGUUUGCAACCCGACGGUCGCACAGUGCCAGCUGGCUUCUCCUCAGGCGAGGUCCCUGAGUCCACCUCCUACGGUGCAUCUCGCGCAGACAGCGGCUGCUGCGCCCCUCACGGCGCGCCCAUUGGGUCCGUUGCCGGCUCCCGUCCUUGCGCUGCCUUUCGGAGCUGGGCAGCCAGCUGCGGGACUGCAAGUGCAGACGCUUCCCACCCGCACUGUCGUGACGCAGAGCAUGCCGGUGCAGAUGCCGCCUGGCCAAAACGGAGAAAGUGUCGCAACGUGCAGCAAACGCCUGGACGCGCACAAUUGUGUGACAGCCCUGGUUCGAAGACCUGCGCAGGGUGGAUUUACUUCAGCUGUGCUGCUCUGCAUCGAUCGCAGAUGCCAGGUUUCCGCCACGUCGGAUGUCUGCGCCAGAGGCAUCCCUGAUCAGGACUCUGACAGGGCAGACUUCAAUGUCGAGAGAGUUGUUGCUUAUGCGAGUCCAUCAGAGGACAAUGCCUGGGGCCGCGCGCUUCCCUCAGCCCCGGCUGAGUCCGAGCAGCGUGCAGCUCUUUUUACCCUUCCGAGGCUGCAGCUGUGGAGGCUGGGCCAUUUCGAGGAGAAGGCUCUCUUCGCUGACUUCGUCGAACGAUCACAGCGUAGGGCCUUUGCAGAGCUCUUGUCGAAGGCCCUGCAAGGAGUUUCGGGUUCGGCGGAGGUCGGCCUGUGCGCACGUGGUGCGGAGCAGCGCUGCUCCGAUGUGAUUCUGCAUUUGGUGCCCCAGCAUGUCCCAAGCGGGGCAGUUGAAGGUGCCUUGUGCAUCGUACAUGAUGUCACAGCACUUCAGGCAUCUGUCGAGACGUCUGCGCGUGUGGCACGGGACAUGCGUCGCAUUAUCGACGAUGCACGAGUACCAAUUUUCGGCAUUGAUUGCCACGGCCAGGUAAACGAGUGGAAUAGUGCGUCCGCAAAGCUACUGGGCUUCAGCAAAGCGCAGGUCUUUGGCCGACCCCUGGCAAACUUUUUUUCAGACGACCCUGGCUUCACUGUUGCAAAGUCAUUCGACAGAGCCAGACAGGGCGAGGAAGUGCAGCCAGUUGCGGCGAGCAUGAUGGUGAAAGGCGGUGGGGUGCAGCGGCUGACGCUACAUCCUGCCUUGCGGGGUGAUGUUGGGGAGGAUGUCAUCUGCGUCGCGCACAAUGUUGAACCUGUCAAGGAGGUUCCAGCGUUCGACGAGGAGGAUUUCAAUGCAGUUCUUGACAAGGUGGUAGCCGUGGCGCCAACACCAAGUCUUCUGCUGGAUGUGGCUGGGAAGGUAACCGCUUGGAACAAAUGCGCAGAGAAGCUGAGCGGCUUCAAGCAGGAUGAGGUGCUGGGCAGACCUCUGCAAGAGCUGAUCUGUGGCGAUGGUGAUGAGCUGGACAGCAUGAUUGUGGACACGCUGGACGGGAACGAAACAUUCGGUUUCGAGUGUGAGUUGCUGACAAAAUGCGGCAACAUAUCAGUGCUGGAGAUGAAUGCAACGGCGCGAUAUGACGCUUCAGGAGACGCGGUUGGGGUCAUUGUCAUGGCCAAGGACGGAAGCGAUCCCGAUGAGUGUGCUUCAAAGCCACAGGUGGAGAUGUGGCAAGCUGAGCAACGAAUGUUUUUUGAGACAUCGCUGCGGCCCAUCUUCACCAUAGAUGGAGAUGGCAAAAUCCAGGACUGGAACCGGAAGGUGGCCGAAAUCACCGGAUUCACUGAGCAGGAGGCAACUGGUCAACCAGUUCUUUCCUUGGGCUGCAUCGUGGAGGAGGAUAUUGAGGAGAUGUCAUGUGCUCUGCGCAGGGUCUACGGUGGCGAGGACGAGGUCAAGACAGAGCUGGCUUUGCGUGACCUGGAAGGGAGCGAGCACGAGGUCGAGAUUCGGGUGCGUCCUCGCUGCGCGGCGGAUGGCUCUGUUCAGGGUGCCCUCGUGAUCGGGUGCCAUAACAUGGAUCUCCUCUUGGCGCAGCACCAGCGCGCAGCAGAGGACAUGGUGCGCUUGUUGCGCGGUGCGCAAGCGCCUGUGAUUGGUGUCGACAUGUGUGGCGAGCUCAUCGAGUGGAACGACAAGGUUGCAGCAAUCACAGGCUUCUCCCGCCAGGAGGUCUUGGGCCGACCUUUCCUGCAAGACUUUGUUGUCGAGGGAGUUGAGGUUUUCGAGGCCGCAGUGGCCGCAGCCAUUCGUCACGGCCAAGAGGACUUGGGUGAGUUUGAACUCAUGCUCCGGACGAAAAGUGACGGGAAGGCUAUUCUGAGAAUGAGCGGCGCCACUUUUCGGGACACCCAGGGUGAAGUUGGAGGUGUGGUGGCCUGUGGGCAGGAUCUGACCAGCAUCAGGAACAGCAUGCAAGAGGCGACACGGACAGCAGCGGAUCUGCAAAGGCUCAUUGAGACUGCACAUGCCUGCAUCGUGGGCAUAGAUCCUGCCGGUAACGUCAACGAAUGGAACCAUCACAUUGCUCAGCUGUCUGGUUGGUCCAAAGAGGACACAAUGGGCAAACGCUUAGUCGACAAUUUCGUCUUGAAGGAGGAUCAAGAGGAUGUUGCUGACAUGCUCCAUCGGGCGCUCAAUGGUGAGAAGGUGGAAAACUUCAAGUUUUGCAUCGAAGAUCAGGAAGGUUCCAGACGCACGGUGCGCCUGAACGCAUCUGCCCGGCUAGGAGAGCAGGGGGAGGUCACCGGCGUUCUUUGCGUGGGCCAGGACGUGACAGAGUUGAAUCGAGUCAUGGCUGAGCAACUAGGCAUCGCGGAGGAUCUGGCUCGGUUUGUGGAGACUGCCAAUGCGCCAAUCUUUGGAGUCUCUCUUCAGGGGCAUGUCGUGGAAUGGAAUCGCAAAGCUGCAUCGCUGUCUGGCUUUGCCAAGGAGGAGGCUUUGGGCCAAGCUCUUGUGGAGGAGUUCAUCCGGGUCGACUUCCAGGACCGGGUGCGCACGGUGCUGGAGAAGGCACUUCAAGGCGAAGAGACGGCCAGUUUUAAGUUCGUCCUGGUCAGCAAGUCCGGGGAGCACCUGGAGCUCCUGCUGAAUGCCACCCCGCGACGGGCUGCGAACGGUGACAUCAGCGGAGCUGUUUUUGUCGGUCAGGACAUCACUGAGCUGGGCAGAGCAAUGGUUGGGGCACAGCAGGUUGCAGACGACUUGAAACGCCUCCUUAACACCGCCAAUGCUCCCAUCUUCGAGAUCGAUGUGGAGGGCAAGGUGGUGGAGUGGAACCGGAAGGUUGCUACCAUGACUGCUUUCUCAAGACAGGAGGCUCUUGGCAGAAACAUGGUGGAGACAUUCAUAGCAGAGAGCCAGGAUGAGGAUGGCGUGAGCCGCUUCGUCCUUCUGAACGCUACUGCGAAGCAGAGCAGCGAGGGCAGCAUCACUGGAGUUAUAUGCGUCGGCCAGGACAUCACCGAGUAUCGUGACCUGAUGAGACAGAAUGAACUCGUCGCCGAUGAUCUCAGAAGGCUGAUCGAGACAGCAAACGCGCCGAUCUUUGGAAUUGACAGCAGAGGCUGCGUGACGGUCUGGAAUCGAAAGGCGGAGCAGAUCACGUCCUACCCGAAGACGGAAGUGGAAGGCCGAUCUUUCGUGCAGGAGUUCGUCGUCGAGUCGGACAGGCACAGGAUGCAGGACAUUGUGGAUGCAGCCCUGCAGGGCCAAGAAACGGAGCAUUUCGAGAUCGUGAUCUGCUCCAAGGACGACCAGGAGCAUGUGAUCCUGCUCAAUGCGACACCACGGCGUGGCAGGGAUGGUGAAGUUAUUGGAGUCAUCGGAGUUGGCCAGGACAUAACAGAGAUGAACAGGCAGAAGCAGGAGGCGGUUCGAAUCGCUUCUGAGCUGCAGAACAUCAUCCAUUCGGCUGCCGCACCGAUCAUCGCUGUGGACCGGAACAACCGCAUCACAGAGUGGAAUAACCGAGUCGAGGAGAUGACAGGCAUCACUUCGGAUCAAGCCGCUGGCAAGGACAUUCUCCUGUAUGUGCGAGACAGUUGUGCCACGGAGGUGGCGCAUGUUCUGAAAGAGGUGGUCGAAGAGCGCAAGUCGAAAGCCAACUUGCAGGUGUUGCUCGACACUCGCUCACAGGGCUACGUUGUCCUGCUCCUGAGCUGCACCCCUCGCUUGGGUAGUGAUGGCAUGACCAAGGGAGCUAUAUGCAUCGGGCAAGACAUUACGGAGAUGAAGGAGUUGGAUGUUAAGAAGUCCAACAUGGCUGCUGCCGUGACGCAUGAGCUGAGAUCGCCCUUGCACGGCAUCAUCGGGCUGUCAGAGCAGCUGAUCGGCACUGCAGGCGAUGGCAUCCGAAAGAAGCAGCUGACCCUGAUCAAGACCUGUGCGCAGCGCCUGCUCGAUGUGGUUACGAACAUCAUGACCGUGUCUACUCUGGUGCAGAAGAAGAAGACACUUCUGGCGAGGGACCCGGUGCAGAUCCGCUCCAUUUUGGAAGAGGUCCGAUUGCUGUGUGCGACGGCCGUGGACAAGGCAAAUCGGCCCGUGAAAAAGCCGGAGGUGCAGCUUGUGUUUGACAUCCCCGAGCAGCUGCCAAUUAUCGAGGCGGAUGCCCAUCGAUGCAUGCAGAUGUUGUACAACCUGGUCACCAAUGCUCUCAAGUACACCGUGCAGGGGGAGGUCCACGUCACGGCUGCCGCAGACGAGGAGAAGAAGACCGUCACUUUGGAAGUUUCCGACACAGGCAUCGGCAUUGGCCAAGCAGCCCGCGAGCGAAUCUUUCUGCCUUUCGAGCAGGAGGACCAAAGUGACUCUCGGCGCUACGAGGGCCUUGGCCUCGGCCUGGCGAUCUCCCGCGCCGUGGCGGAGAAGCACGGAGGUAGCCUCACUGUUGAGAGCGAGGUUGGCAAAGGCUCGAGCUUCAAAGCAACGCUGCCUUAUGAACAGCCCGAGUAUUUCGGACGGGCAAGUCCGUGGGACAAGUUGGUGUCUGAGGGACGUCAGGCUCCGACAGAGGCCGAGACAGAUGAUCCACUCGACAGAACUCGCAAUGUUCUUCAGCAUGAGGAGGUGUCAGUGCGUCAACAUCUGUCGCUGCGGCAUGUCUCUGGGCAAGUACUGGUUGUUGAUGACGAUCAGCAAGCCCGACAUUACGUACGCGACGUUCUGCAAAGGACGCAGGCGGAAGUCGUCGAGUGCGCGAGCAGCCACGAAUGCAUGAGUCUGCUGCACACCGGAGACAUGAAGCCCGCGCUCAUUAUCAUGGACGUGAUCCAGUCUGACGACACUCAGGGGUUCGGCUUGCUGAAGUGGCUGCGUGCCCGGUACGGCUUCCUCGAGCUGCCCAUCAUCGUCAUAUCCACCGACACAUCCCGUGAGUGCAUGUUGUCUGCUAUUGAAGCUGGGUGCAAUGAGUGGCUCGAGAAGCCCUUCAACAAGGAGGAACUCCUGGCUCGACUUUCGCUUGCGAUGCGGGUCGCUGAUGAAGUGGCCUCGAAUGGCAUCUGUCCCGGUCUGAGUUCUGUCUGCUCGGAGGACAUUCGUGGCAUCGCCAUGCACACGCCCGAAAUGCAAGCGCGCCGUUCAAGUGCUUCCAGGCUGUCGGUUCCUUCAUCCCGCUUGGGACGGCCAUCACUCGAGAGCAACGACCUGAAUGUCGCACCUCGCAGCGUUUCAAGCGGCUUGGUACUUCCCAUGCCCGAGUGCGAGGAGGAAGAGCAGCAGCAUUCGUCCAGCGACUCUUCAGACGAGCCCGCUCCUGACGCGAAGACAAAGUCCAACAAGUCCAACUCAAGUGUCAAAGAGCUUGCCUUCCAGCAGGUCCCUUCACGCACGGAGGAAGCAUCGCCAAAAACAGCACCCACGAUCGCGGUAGGGUGGGGGCCAGCAGCAUCUGCUCGCCGUGAGUCUCGCAGCGGCAGUGGUCUGAAGGUGCCGCCAGAACAGUUCCACCAGCUUCACGGACUGGACUGCUACCGGCUCCUCGGGCGACUUCUCCCUGCGGAAGCCGUGCAGCAACUCGUAUGCGGCGAAGUGAUCGAACCCCAGCGGUGCCCCAAUGCAGCAGUGCUGACCGCCUCGCUGCAGGGCGUGGACGACGUCGAGUCAGAUGUCCUCAUGGAUGCUCUGGGUCACUUCCUCGAUGUACUUGGCACGCUUAGCACGGCCGAAGGAAUCGUGUUCUUCUCGUCUGCUGAGCUGGGGGCAAGCUUCGUGGCAGUCUCGGGACUGCAAGGUACGCCUGGUCACGAGAUUCAGUUGGUGAGGUUUGCCCUGGCAAUGCGGGACCGGCUGGAUGAGUUGAGGAAAGCGCUUUCCUCGGCCGGGGAGGCCUCGCAGCUGUCCCUGGCCAUCGGUCUCGAUAUGGGCAAAGCGACACGACUUGUCCUUGGACGAUUGAGCCCUCAUGUCACCAUCACUGGUCCAGCGAUGCGAAAAGCCAGGCUGUUGUGUGACGAGGCAGGCAUCCAGACCAGCAGACAGGGCUUCACGCAGAUCUUUGUCUCCCAGCUGGUGCUUCGCCGAAUAGGUGCUGUCCUUUCCACCUUGCCCAUUAAGCCGGUGGACGUCCACACAGGUAUGCCAGCUGCACAGACUCUGCCACACGAGGAGUCGAGCCAGAUAUUUGCCCUCCUGCAGCCCAACGAGGAAUUCACGGCGACCUCGAAGCAAAGCGCUGCAAGUGCCGCGCCGGUCAGCUCAUCGCGAGUCAGCUUCGAUGUGCAAAGCGACGGUUAUGCAACCACUCCAAGCAGCCCCAGCGGGCCUCCGCGGACGAAGGGCCCGACUCUGCCUAUUCCAGCCCAGCAUGCUUCAGCGGGAGCAUACCAUGUGCAGGAGGUGCAGUCGCGCUUGGGCCAAGGCUUUACAUCGCCGUCUUCGCGAGGCUCUUCCGUGCCAUCUCGGGACUGGAUGGCCCUUCAACUGCGCUCACGACAUCUACAGCUUGAGAACUCGCAGCUCACACAGCGAUGUCAGACUCUUCAGGCACGAUGUCAGCAGCUGCAGUGCCAGCGCAUGGCUUUUGAAGAGCAGCUGGAGUCGGCACAGCGAGAAGCACGACGCUUUGAGAUGGAAGUGAACUUUUGGCGCCUUGGCGUCGCGCAAGGCCAUUUAAACAGGUCUUAG